GUGUUUUUAACUUGACUCAUCUAUUUGACCUCGACGUCAAAGUCCACGUUCAGCUGCACCAGUUUCAGGUGUAGACAUGCAUGAUCGGUAGAGGUGUUGUUGUUUGGGUCUGCACGGAACUGUUGUCAAACCUAGCCGACUAGCUAGCUCAGGUAGCCCGGCAAUGUCUGCGUGGCGAAGGCUGCACGUGGUAGUGUGGAAGGCUCCGGGAUUACUUGCCUCCAGACGGGUGACCGAGCAGCUCACAUGGCCCCGUGGACAUCUAGCCCUGUGUCAGAGCCUGAGUACAGGCAGGCCGCUCAGAAACGACUUCAUCAAAGAUCUGGAGGCACAGCUGGCAGCCAUGCGUAAAAAGGCUGCGGACGCUUUGCCGGGGAGCAGCUGGAGUCCCUUCGAGAUCAACCCCAACCUUCCUCCGGAGAGGGCGGACAUUGUGAUCGUUGGUGGAGGUGUGAUAGGCUGGUCCAUCGCCUACUGGCUAAAGGAGAAGGAGAGAGUGCCCAAAGGGGUGAAGGUUAUUGUGGUGGAGAAGGACCCAACGUACUCCAAGGCGUCCACGGUGCUCUCUGUGGGGGGGAUUCGACAGCAGUUCUCCCUGCCUGAGAACAUCCAACUCUCCCUGGCCUCCGCACAGUUCAUGAGAAACAUCAAUGUGCACCUUGGUGUGUUGAAUGAAGACCCAGUGGACCUACAGUUUAACCACUCAGGAUACCUCUUCCUGGCCAGUGAGGAUGUGGCCCACAUCAUGGAGGAGAACUACAAAACCCAGAGUUCUUUAGGAGCCAAAGUGUCACUUCUCUCUCCUGCGCAAUUAAAGGAGAAAUUUCCCUGGGUAAACACAGAUGACGUGGCGCUCGCUUCAUAUGGUUUGGAGAACGAGGGCUGGUUUGACCCUUGGACUCUACUGAACGCCUUCAAGAGGAAGGCCAUCUCUAUGGGAGUCAUUCAGUGCUUUGGAGAAGUUACAGAUUUUAAAUAUACAGUAAACGUACUGAAAUCACCUGAUGGAGAGUUCCUGGGCUGCAGAAGAAUAAAAUCUGUCAAAGUGCAGAUGCCAAACAGCCUGGAGUACCAGCCAGUGCAAUGCGCCAUUGUGGUGAAUGCAGCAGGGGCCUUUUCUGCUAAGCUGACAGAGAUGCUGGGAAUUGGCUCCGGACCCAAAGGCAGCAUCUCUGAUAUUCCUCUGCCCGUUGAGCCUCGGAAGAGGUUUGUGUAUGUGGUCCACUGUCCCGAUGGACCGGGUCUAGACAGUCCGAUGCUCAUCGACUAUUCUGGAAUUUACUUCAGGCGAGAAGGUUUAGGAGGCAACUACAUCGCUGGGGCGUCACCGGUGGAGGCGGAGGAGCCGGACACCAGUAAUCUGGAGGUGGACCACCAGUUUUUCGAGGACAAGGUCUGGCCCAGCUUGGCCCAUCGUGUUCCUGCUUUUGAGAACCUGAAGGUGACCGGAGCCUGGGCAGGCUACUACGACUACAACACGCUGGACCAGAACGGCAUCAUCGGCGUGCACCCUCUCAUCACCAACAUGUACUUCGCCACAGGCUUCAGCGGCCACGGGCUGCAGCACUCCCCAGCGGUGGGUCGCGCUGUAGCAGAGCUGAUCCUCGAUGGGAACUUCACAACUCUGGAUUUGCAGGAAUUCGGCUUCACUCGGAUCCUGGAUAAGGAGCCCAUGCUAGAGAGGAACAUCGUGUAGAGGAGGAGGCACUGGACCCAAUAGUGACAGUGGAGACAGACAGUUUAUGCAAAGAUGAUGGGCAAAUCUGUUGCCCAAACUUUGUUUUAGUUGUGCAGCCACAUUGGCAGAGUUUCAUAAUCUUAGUUACGACAAUGUAAAAUUCUUUGUAAGUCCAAUCUCCGGGGACAAGACGACUGGUUUUCAGGGAUGGGAUUCCGUGACGCCCAUUCUGGUUAUGUAACUGCUCAGCACGUUGCCUGCAAACGCUUGCCUACAUUUUCUGUUUUUGUGGAGUAUUUGCGAUGCCUCGGAAGCAGCCGGUAGAAAACAUCUCGUCUAACGACCAAAGCUCCAGCUCCUUAUAUUCACUCAGGUUCUACGGAAUAUUAGCAGUGAAUGAAAUAAAACUUUAUUUUAUAUUUGUAUGUGUUGAAUUGAAUGUAAAUUUAUGAUCAACCUCACAAAUACAUUGACUGAUAUUAUAAAAAUGUACACUUUUCAUAUCCUGAUGUUAAAAAAAUGUUUAAACAUGUUUGUUUAAAUUUCAAUGUAUUUUGUGACACUGUUUUUAUUAAAAACUUUUGCAGUGUC